GUCUCUAUAUGUAAAUAAAUAGAAGUCCGAGACAUUCUCCUCUCCUAAUUACUCACACUCAUUGCUUGCCUGUAGCUUUUCCUUAAUCCACUUGCUCCAAACCCUUGCAAGAUGCAAACCACUCCCUGCCUUUUUGUUCUCCUUCUCUACUCUAGUAGUCUUCAGGAGGAGAGCUGGAGAGCAGCCUUCACUAACCCUACUCUUAAUCAAAGCCUUAUCGCUGAUUAGUUCACUGCCUCCCUCACAUAAUCCCCCAGCUUUAGAGUUCAUUAAGGUCCGGAGCUCAUCACGCCCUCGUCCCUUGCAUCUCCGUUGCGCAACUAGCUACACCGGACACCGGUUCUUUUUGGGGGGAAAGGGCCAAGGAGCGAGAGCUCGCCGUACGUGAGCCGGGGGCGGCAUGUCAAACGCUGGCGAGGCGAGAGGAGUGGGAACGGGCCGCGGGUCGCGGCUGCCGCGGUGGACGCGGCAGGAGAUACUGGUGCUCGUCGAGGGGAAGCGGGUGGUGGAGGGGAGCGGGCGCGGCCGGGGCCGCGGCCGGGUACGCGGAGGCGAGGGCGCGGAGCCGACCAAGUGGGCCGCGGUGGCGGAGUACUGCCGGCGCCACGGCGUGGACCGCGGGCCCGUGCAGUGCCGCAAGCGCUGGAGCAACCUCGCCGGAGACUACAAGAAGAUCAGGGAGUGGGAGCGCGGGUACGCGGCCAGGAAGGAGGCCUCCUUCUGGGACAUGCGCAACGACGCGCGCCGGGAGAGGCGCCUCCCGGGCUUCUUCGACCGGGAGGUCUACGACAUCCUCGAGGGCCGCGCCGGCGGUAAUGCGGCGGCGCUGGAGGACGUGGACGGCAAGGAGGAGGAGGCGAAGGCGGUGGUCCACGCUGGCCGCGCGGUCCAACGGGGUGGCCUCUUCUCCUCGUCUGAGGACGAGGAUGACCAAGAAGAAGACGCGGCCACGCCAAGCCCGACGCCGGCGCCGGCUGCGGUGGCCGUGCCGAUCCCCGGAGAGCAAGCUGUUGCUGUUCCAUCCUUCCUAGAAAUGGCGCGUGCCUCCUCUCUUUCAGUGCACGUUACAGAGAAGACGACUGAUGUGCCCAGGCAAGCGAGCUCCGAGCAAGCAGGCGCGUCAAACGAAAAGCAGUCGGAGCAGAUCACCGAGGACUCACCAACGCAGUGUGGGCAGAAGAGGCAGCGCAGCGACGACAAUGCCUCUGGAGAAGCCACGACCAACCUGCAGGGGCAGCUGGUUGAGAUCCUAGACCGGAGCAGUCAGAUGGUGGCGGCGCAGCUAGAGGCGCAGAACGUCAACAGCCGGUUGAACAGGGAGCAGAGGAAGGACCAAGUGAGCAGCCUGCUUGGUGUGCUUGGCAAGGUGGCUGAUGCCCUCUACAGAAUUGCUGAUGAGCUGUAGCCGCCGCCACUACGUGUCUUGAGCACAGUAGAUAAACGCUGCAAGAAUGUACAGAUUGAUAUUGUGGAUUUUGGUUCUGAAAUUUGGUCACAAACCUGAAAUGGGAUGCCCUAUUUUGUAACCCAUGGGAUAUUGUAUUUGUAUGCCCCUAUGUCCCCAAAACUGUUUAUUCUGCUGA